AUGAAGAUCUUAGACUUCAAAGUUCGGGUGGAUCCGGGUGCCCGAAACUUCCUAUCGGGUAGUACCCGAGUUGUCCAAGGAUGGCCGAUUCGGUCUGGCGGGUACUCCGAAAUCUGCCACUUGCAAGUCACUGGUAAUCAGCAACAUUUCUCACGAGGAGAUGCCUACCGAGAGCCCAAGAGCAACCGCCAGAUCGAAGUCCUGGAGUCUGAGGAGUCGGAAGAGGCGCCAGCAGCACUUACGGAGCUCUCAGAUGCUGACAAGGGCCGUCCGCGAAGGAAAAAUGCAGCAUCUCCGAGAGUCGACGAUGUCUUCGGGAAGUGCGUUGCCAUUAAUGAUGAAAGCUAA